UUUGAUGCAUAUACAUUUAUAUCUAUGUACACAAAUGAACAAUUUUGUGCAAAAGCCUAACGAUUUUGAAAUAUUUUUCUUGUGCGUUGAAAGAAACUAAAGACGGAAUAUGAAGCCGUUCGAAAACUCGUUUAUCAGAGGUCCUUCACCAUCUUAUUCAGACGAGGUGAAUUCCGAACAUGUAACGCUGCCCAUUGGACAUUUUCCACUAGAUCAAGGACAGGAACAAUGUGAAAGACGAUUACAAAAUAAAAUGGAUGGAUGUUAUUAUGAUGUACCCCAAUAUGAUACGAAGAGAAAAGCCGUCGUACAGGGUCGGAAUACAUUUGCAUUUUGGUCAAUCGUCAUAAUUUUACUUGUAUUGACGAUUGGCAAUUUAUUGUUAACACUAUCUAUCAUUGGAGUGCUGCACUUGGGUAAAGGUAUAUAUGGAAUGGAAUUGAUCCCAGACGACAUUGUAAAGUUUUAUGGUGAAACUGAUUUGGACAGAAUAUUCUCCAAAAAUAUAGGUCAGUUUGAAGGCUUUGUCGAUGAUCCGUUCAAAAUUGAAGGAGAAAAUGCUCCGGUGUAUGUUCGCUUGCAUCAUCGAAACAGUCAUAGCGCAAAUCGUUUGAUUGUGGAUAAUAACGGUAUUCAAUUUCGAGGCGUUAACAAUUUCGAAUUAAAAGAUCCGACAACUGGCGAAACGAUUUUUACCACCCAUCGACCCCACUACACCAUUCCUAAUGGAGCAAAUGUUCUUAUAUCCAAAGCCAAUAGUGCCAGUCGCAUUGUCAGUCCCGGGGACAAAUAUCUUGACAUAUCUUCGCUAGACAAUCGUAUAUCUGUACGAGGAUCAGAGGGCAUUGUCGCAGAUUCAGCCGAUGUGCACGUAAAAGCUGAACUUAAUAUUUUAAUAAAUUCAACGCAAGGUGCUACAUACCUCGAGGGAGGUUCCACUGGCAUAUUUCUUGAUAUGAGCAAAAUUCCCAUAGUCAACACACAGCUGGGAUUACGAACCGGAAACGUGCAGUACAAGAUCUGUGUUUGUAUGCCUCAAGGAAUAGUUUUCCGUAUAGAAAUACCACAGGAACAUAACGGAUCAAAAGUUUCAUGCGCACAUUUUAAUCCGAAACACGAUCCAUGUGCAGUUAAUUAAACAUAAAAAUAGUUAAAUACGUAAGAUACCAACAUAUUUAUAUGAACUGCAUUGCAUGAAUUAAACUUAUAAUUGAAGCAAAA